ACAAAUAGAAAAGAACAACAAAGUUUCAAGAAAGAACAAAUAUUGGUCCUUUAUGAAAGUUGACCAUACACCUCUGAUGACCAAAGUUGGUGGAGCCAAAAUAACUGCGAUCUUCCUAAGAUGACCUUUAUCCAGACACAUUGGAGUCACUCCAAGUUUAGCUUCAAUUGGAACUUAUACCACUGUUAGAACGAACGGUCCAUCUCAAAGUUUGUCCAAUGAAACAAAUUAGGUGACACUACUACAACUAACCCGAGCCUCGAUCAAAAAGAUCUAAUCUUUAAGAAACUGAGUAGAGGUAUUUCACAGUAUGUCAGGCAAUGACCCUCCGCCAUGGUCACAUAUACGUGGUCGUGGAGGAAGAAGUCGAGGAAGGGGAAGAUCAUCCUCUUCACAAUCUACAAGGUCGUCAUACGACUCCUCUUUCCCAAUUAUACAACAUGAAAACAAAACCUUGAUUAAAUCAAAGGUUGGAGAAGCUUCUUCAUCAGCUUCAUCUUCAAUAAAUCUUAAGGAUAUUCCUAAAGAUAGUUCAUUAUAUGAACAGAUUCAAGCAUAUUUACAGACAAAAGAGCAAAGUUAUACUUAUGCUUCUUUAGCCAAAGAAACUGAACCAGCCAGUAUUCCGGAAGAAACGGCAAAAAAAGAAAUUAUAUUUCUUUUAGAGAACUCUGAUAUUCAGAGAAGUAAUGAACCUUGGAAUAUACUCCAAAGGUAUCUUACAAAGGGACUAUACUUCCCUGGCGAGGCUUAUAAAUCUCGGACCUAUUAUGAAUCUAUUCUGAGUUAUACUGGAAGUGCAGAAUUUCAACACUUCUCCGAUUUUGAUAAGAGUGUUUAUAACUUCUCCAAAAUCACAAUUAAGCAGAUUAUAUCAGCUGAUGAUUGGGGAAUUUCCACUUUACAGGAAAGGCAAGUUUCUGUGAACGGUGUAAAUAUGAAUUUUACAUAUUGGAAUUAUAUCCAAGCCUUUCACAAAGUCUUUUAUUAUAAUAACAGCAAAUUAAAGCACACUUGGUUUAUAAAAAUAUUUGCUAAAGUUUUUGCAAAAAAUUUACCAAAUUGGUUUUUAAAUUGGUGGUCUAUGCAUGGACCAACAGUAAAAAUUUUGCCUGAUAAUUUUCUUAUUUUAUACAAGGAAUGGGCGAAAGUCUCCCCGUUUAUAACAAAUCUAUUUUUACAAGAUCAUGUCUCAUGUAUUGAGAAAAUUGAUCAAAUGUACUUUUUUAUAGAAUUUUCUAUUUCAUGGAUCCAUAAAUGGACUCCGGAGGUGGGUUAUACCCCUAUUGAAAAUAUCCCCUGUUUAUAUAGAAAAUAUUUUACAAAUUUUUGGGAUAAAUUAAACCGUAAAGAUCCAGCAACAGGUCAAUUAUAUGGACAAGAACUACUGGACCAAGUCACCAGCACUAUAAAGAUUUAUCAAGACUUCCCUCAAAAGGAUAUCUCUGCCGGAAGUUCAAUGAAAAAUAUCGCCAGAAGAAUUUCCAUUCAAGAUGGAAAUAAGGAAGAAAUGAUAAACAACUACCUGGCCGAAAUUAAAAAGAACUUAUUAACAAAUAUAGCAGUGUUUGACAAAUCAGACACUUCUAUGAGAAGUGGACAAAGUGAUACAGCUGAUGGGCAAUCGGUAGAUCAAAAUAUGGAGCUAUCAGAAGGACAAUUACAAAAAGUGGAAGAUUUCCUGGCGUCCAUGAAGGAGAAAGAUAGCACAAUAAAGAAAAAUCUGAAAGGAAAAGAUAAGAUUUAAAAUCGUAUCAAAAAUUUUAUCUUCACAGAAUUCAAGAUUCGAAAUCUUAUCAGAAAUCUUAUCUUGAAUAAAAAUAGUGUUUAAAACAGUAUGUAGGGCCCAUAUGAGGACCCCACUUUGUUUUUUUUUUCCUAUAUAAGAAGCCUCAUUCAGAGGCAUAAGAAAUGUUUCAGAAUAUAAGUUUUAGUUUCUCUCUCUUCUCUCUCUUGUAAAAAUUCUUUUGUGAACAAUAAUAUAAUCGCUUUGGUUUGAA